CGCCCGCGCGGCGGCCGGGGCUCCUGUCAGAGCCGGCUCCAGCCAUGGUGCUGCCCAGUGUUUUGUAAGUUGGCAGCGGAGGCUCGGGACGUGGCGCAGGUCCCGAUGGCGGCGGCGGCGGCCCUGGCGGCUGCGGCCGACCCUGCACCCGCGGUGCCGCAGGCGGCAGGGAACGGAGGCCCGACCUCGCGCCGAGACUUCUACUGGCUGCGUUCCUUCCUGGCUGGAGGUAUUGCCGGAUGCUGUGCCAAAACCACAGUUGCCCCUUUGGAUCGAGUAAAGGUUUUAUUACAAGCUCACAACCACCAUUACAAACAUUUAGGAGUACUUUCCACGCUGCGUGCUGUUCCCCAAAAAGAAGGCUACCUUGGACUGUAUAAGGGGAAUGGCGCCAUGAUGGUUCGCAUCUUCCCCUACGGUGCAAUCCAGUUCAUGGCGUUUGAGCACUAUAAAACGUUCAUUACUACAAAGCUGGGAGUUUCUGGUCAUGUGCACAGAUUAAUGGCUGGAUCCAUGGCAGGCAUGACAGCGGUUAUCUGCACUUACCCCCUUGAUGUGGUUAGGGUGCGCCUAGCUUUCCAGGUGAAAGGAGAACACACCUAUUCAGGGAUCAUCCAUGCAUUCAAGACAAUUUACGCAAAGGAAGGUGGCUUCCUUGGAUUCUACAGAGGGCUGAUGCCUACUAUACUAGGAAUGGCUCCAUAUGCAGGUGUUUCCUUUUUCACCUUUGGUACCUUGAAGAGUGUUGGGCUUUCCUAUGCUCCCACCCUGCUUGGCCGACCUUCGUCUGACAACCCUAAUGUCUUAGUUUUGAAAACUCACAUAAACUUACUUUGUGGUGGUGUUGCUGGAGCAAUAGCACAGACGAUAUCCUACCCAUUUGAUGUGACUCGUCGGAGAAUGCAGUUAGGGACAGUCCUACCGGAGUUUGAAAAGUGCCUUACGAUGCGGGAGACUAUGAAGUAUGUCUAUGGGCACCAUGGGAUUCGGAAAGGACUGUACCGCGGCUUAUCUCUGAACUACAUCCGCUGCAUUCCCUCGCAAGCUGUGGCUUUCACAACCUAUGAACUUAUGAAGCAAUUUUUUCACCUUAACUAAGAAAAAAAUUAUGAU